CAGCGCCCACUAGCGCCCCUCCGAGCCCUGGGCAUUUUCCACCCACGCCGCGCCGCGUGGACCUCUGCUCUGACCUAGAACUACUGCUUCGCCGGACCCUGGCGCCUCGCCCUCUCCAGCCCCCAGAUUUUCGGCCCAACCUCUCUCUCCUGGUUUGGGAUUACCCUUCAAUCCGACGUGGGAUCAUUAUCCCGACUGUACCCUGCUUAUUCUAGGGUUCCACGGACCUUCCCCUAGCAACCCCCGCCCCCAUCCAGACCCCCUACUGUACCCUGCUUAUUCUAGGGUUCCACGGACCUUCCCCUAGCAACCCCCCGCCCCCAUCCAGACCCCCUCUCUUAACCUCAGUUAAUUGGCGACUGACGCUUGCCGUUUGUGCCUUAACUCCAGCCCUGGGCCGGGUUUGCGCCUCCUCUCCACCCAUGCCCCACGGUUUAAUAGCCGGUCCUCCCAACACAGCAGCCCCCGAUAUACCAGGCCCGGGGCCUGUAUUCUCAACUGCUGAGUGAGUGCCUUUGACCGUCGGCUGAUGGCCACUUGAUAUUUCAUGCUCCUGGGCCCAGGAUGAGGAGGAGCUUAGCUCCCAGCCAGCUGGCUAAGAGGAAGCCUGAAGGCAGAUGCUCGGAUGAUGAAGACUGGCAGCCUGGGGUUGUGACUCCUAGGAAACGGAAAGGCAGCAGUGAGACUCAGAGUCAGGAAUGUUUCCAAUCACCUUUUCGGAAACCUUUGCUGCAGCUAACGAAUCGACCACCCUGCCUGGAUAGCAGCCAACAUGAAGCAUUUAUACGAAGCAUUUUGUCAAAGCCUUUCAAAAUCCCCAUUCCAAAUUAUCAAGGUCCUUUGGGCUCUCGGGCAUUGGGCCUCAAAAAGGCUGGAGUCCGCCGGGCCCUCCAUGACCCUCUGGAAGAAGGAGCCUUGGUUCUGUACGAGCCUCCGGGGCUGAGCGCCCAUGACCAGCUGAAGCUUGACAAGGAAAAACUCCCCGUGCACGUGGUUGUGGAUCCUGUUCUCAGUAAGGUCUUAAGACCUCAUCAGAGAGAGGGAGUGAAGUUCCUGUGGGAGUGUGUCACCAGUCGGCGGAUCCCCGGCAGCUACGGCUGCAUCAUGGCGGACGAGAUGGGCCUGGGCAAGACGCUGCAGUGCAUCACCCUGAUGUGGACACUUUUACGGCAAAGUCCAGAGUGCAAGCCCGAAAUCGACAAGGCAGUGGUGGUUUCGCCCUCCAGUCUGGUGAAGAACUGGUACAACGAGGUUGGCAAGUGGCUUGGCGGGAGGAUCCAACCUCUGGCCAUCGACGGAGGCUCAAAAGAUGAGAUAGACCGAAAGCUGGAAGGAUUCAUGAACCAACGUGGAGCCAGAGUGCCCUCUCCCAUCCUCAUCAUUUCCUAUGAGACAUUCCGCCUCCAUGUCGGAGUCCUUCAGAAAGGGAGCGUCGGACUGGUCAUCUGUGACGAGGGACACAGGCUCAAGAACUCUGAGAAUCAGACUUACCAGGCCCUGGACAGUUUGAACACCAGCCGCCGUGUGCUUAUCUCCGGGACCCCCAUCCAGAAUGAUCUCCUUGAGUAUUUCAGCUUGGUGCAUUUUGUUAAUUCUGGCAUCCUGGGGACUGCCCAGGAGUUCAAGAAGCAUUUCGAGUUGCCAAUUCUGAAAGGUCGAGACGCAGCUGCCAGUGAGGCUGACAGGCAUCUCGGAGAGGAGCGGCUGCGGGAGCUCAUCAGCAUUGUGAAUAGGUGCCUGAUCCGGAGGACAUCUGAUAUCCUUUCUAAAUAUUUGCCUGUGAAGAUUGAACAAGUGGUUUGUUGUAGGCUCACGCCCCUCCAGACGGAAGUAUACAGGAGGUUUCUGAAACAAGCCAAACCAGCGGAAGAGUUGUGUGAGGGCAAGAUGAGUGUUUCUUCCCUCUCUUCUAUCACUUCUCUGAAGAAGCUGUGCAACCAUCCAGCUCUGAUAUAUGACAAGUGUGUGGAAGAGGAGAAUGGCUUUGAGGGAGCCAUGGACAUCUUCCCACCUGGUUAUAGCUCCAAGGCUCUAGAGCCCCAACUAUCAGGUAAGAUGCUGGUCCUUGAUUACAUUCUGGCUGUGACUCGGAGCCGAAGCAAUGACAAAGUAGUGUUGGUGUCCAAUUACACUCAGACAUUGGAUCUCUUUGAGAAACUCUGCCGGGUCCGAAGGUACCUGUAUGUCCGCUUGGAUGGCACAAUGUCUAUUAAGAAGCGGGCCAAGGUUGUGGAACGCUUCAACUCUCCAUCGAGCCCUGAAUUUGUCUUCAUGCUGAGCAGCAAAGCUGGGGGCUGCGGCCUCAAUCUCAUCGGGGCGAACCGGUUGGUCAUGUUUGAUCCUGACUGGAACCCAGCCAAUGAUGAACAAGCUAUGGCGAGGGUCUGGCGUGACGGUCAAAAGAAGAUGUGCUUCAUCUACCGCCUGCUAUCUGCAGGAACCAUUGAGGAGAAGAUCUUCCAGCGUCAGAGCCAUAAGAAAGCAUUGAGUAGCUGUGUGGUAGACGAGGAGGAAGAUGUAGAGCGGCACUUCUCUCUGGGCGAGCUGAAGGAGCUGUUUACUCUGGAUGAGGCUAGCCUCAGUGACACACAUGAGAGGUUGCGCUGUCGCCGCUGUGUCAACAACCGCCAAGUGCGGCCCCCUCCUGACGGUUCUGACUGCACCUCAGACCUGGCUCAGUGGAACCACAGCACUGAUAAGCGGGGACUCCAAGAUGAGGUACUCCAGGCUGCUUGGGAUGCUGCCUCCGCUGCCAUCACCUUCGUCUUCCACCAGCGUUCGCACGAGGAGCAGCGGGGGCUCCACUGACAACUAGCUGUUCUUGGUGUAGCUGGAGGAGGAUAUGGAAAGUGGCUCCCUGCCCCAUAGGUCCUCCUGCAUUUUGUUCUCUGGGAGAAAAGCAUCAAGAAGGGCUGCAUGAUGUUUGCCCAAAAUUUAUUUUUUUUUUGUAAGAAAAACUUUUUUUUUCGGUUAAAAAAAAGAAAGGAAUAAAGGUAUGAAAAGGGACUGAGGCCUGGGAGCAGCAUGAUGAGC